UGGAAUCGCAAGGAGUUCGGACAGCUGAGCUGCGAGUCCGUCAUGUGGCGAAGAAUUAUAGACAGAGCGUGGGACUUCCCCCUGGAGUAUUUGCGGGGACCGUGCCACCCUUUGGGGAGGAUCUUUCCGAAAAGCUACGACCGAAGAGGCGUAGUAACGAUCUCGGGCACUCCCACGGCAGGCUUGGCAGAUCAGCCCGCGAAAAUUACGAUUGAAGGACUCGCGCCUUUGCAGGGGGUGACGCUCCGGGCGCUCGUGGCGAACGAGCAGGGCACCCUCUUUGACUCCUGCGCACAUUACCAAGCGGACGGGCAGGGGGGAAUAGACCUGUCCAAAGAUGUGUCUAAGGGGGGAGACUAUGUCGGGGUUGAGCCCAUGGGGCUAUUUUGGAGCCUCUCCCCCGCUGCCAUAGAGAAACCUUACCAAGGGCUGGAGCCCGGGCACGUGGAGCGUCCCGUGAAAGUGGCGAUUACGGUACAUCAGGAAUACAGCCAGCCCGGGGCUAUCCCCGGACAGGUGCUUGCCCAAACGAGCGUGGAAAGGUGGUUCACUCUUCCUGACGUGAGAAGGAUUAGGUUGAAGGAAGGUGCGGUAAGAGGCAGCUUGUUCCUUCCCUCAGGAAAUGGCCCAUUUCCAGGUGUGAUAGACAUGUUUGGUGAUGAAGGUGGGUUAAUCGAAUUCCGAUCCAGCCUUCUGGCAACCCAUGGCUUUGCUGCUCUUUCCUUGCCAUAUUUUAAUUUUGAGGAUCUCCCAAAAGUCAUGGAUGAUUUCCACCUUGAAUAUUUUGAAGAGGCAGCCAGAUUUUUGCUGCGCCAUCCAAAGGUUAAAAAGCCAGGAAUUGGUGUUAUUGGAACUGGGAAAGGAGGAGAACUGGCUUUGUCAAUGAUGACCUUCCUUCCAGAAGUGGUGGCUGCGGUCUGCAUUUCUGGCUGCAGCUCCAUCACCGCCAGCGCCCUUCAUUAUGGAAAACUGACCCUGCCUGGGCUUUGCUUUAAUAUGAGCAGGAUCAAGAUUUCGGACAAUGGAGUAUUUGAUAUUUACGAAGCUUUGGAUGACCCAAGGGAUCCAGCCAAUUCACAGUGCCGUAUCCCCAUAGAAAAGGCAGAAGGCCAUUUCCUUUUUGUGGUUGGAGAGGAUGAUCGCCAUUGGAAGAGCUCCUUGUAUGCUGAAAUAGCUACUGCGUGUCUACGCCAGCAUAGGAAAGACAAUUUUAAACUCUUGAGUUACCCUGGAGCAGGCCAUCAAAUUAAUCCAUCUUUUUCUCCUGUUUGCCUGGUAGCUUUAGAUCGUGUUCUAGGGGUGCCUAUUCUGAGCGGUGGAAAGAAUAGAGCUCAUGCCCAUGCCCAAGAACAUUCCUGGGGGAAGAUACUUGAGUUCCUAAAUUUGCACUUGAGAUGAGAUGAGCAAGCAGAUGGUUGAACACUGAAACAAAAUGAGAGGAAAAAGUUCCAGAGAAAACUAAGAAAUAGUCAGGCACUGAGCAAAUAGGAUGGGCAGAGAUAAUGUAUAAAAUAUAUGCCUAUUCUGGUUAAAUUAUCAACAAUAUGGAUAACAAGAUAAGAUUAGUUCAGAUGGAGUGGCCAAAAGUAUAUUUUUUAGAAAUCUAGAGUACUGGAAUGAAGAAUGGUUUUGUUUAAAUUAAUGUUCAUGGAGUUGCAAAUGCUAGUUAACUCCUAAAGCACUGCAACAAAUCAAAUACAGCCAGCUGCACCAACUAUAGCUUCUGCCAUUUUAAGAUCAUAUAUACAGAAUAUAAUUACUUUCUGCCUUCUGGGAAUUUUAUGUCUGGAGUAUAACUUCAGCACACAUAGCCAGUACUGUAUUCUUACUUGAAUAGAGAGAACUCUUGGAGAGAGAGAAAUAAGAAGUAGGUACUGACUUACAAUGAUGUGUGAGGCCACCUGCAAAAUCUGUUAACCAAUUCAACAUGAAAGGUGGCACAUUUCUGUUUAGCUGUUAUACAAAAUAUAGUGGCUUUUACAACACAGAUACCUGUUUUGCAUACACACCAAGACAAGGUUUGUUUAACUACAUUAUAGCUUAUGUGUGAAUCCAGCCAAAAUAAAUCUUGUCAAAACUGCCAAAAUCUUUAGCCAGAAUCAGAUUUUUUUAAAAUUACUAAAUAAUACAAAGUGUAUUACAGAUUCAAAUUUUUACUAAGACUGAAUUUGUAAUUUAUCUAAAAUGUAUUUCCAAAAUAUAAAAACCAGCCAAUUAAAACAUUUAGAGUAUCAGUUCUUAUGGCUUGUCACCAGGAGCUCACUAAUACAACACUCUAAAGACUAUAAAUGUAUUUUAAAUGCUGAGGACAUAGGUACUACCUAAACUGACAUUCAUAAUGGUUCUAAGAGAGAACAAAUUGUCACAUAUUUAAUAUUUAGUAUGAAGUAUUACUGAUGUUAUCAUGUUCUUAAAAGUACAUUUUAUUGCAAUUUUUUCAAGCACUAUACUUUGUAAAAUUGCAUCUGUGAAGCAUGUGUUUCUUGAGUCUCAUGUAUCUAUGCAAGCACACAAGCAGACACUCUUUUCUUUUGCAGUUAGUAAGUAGGACCUGAAAGCAGAAGAGAUCAUUUAGUUUCCCAAAGGAAGAUUUUUCCCAUAGGAAAAGGGCUGCUGAGCUGACAAAAAUGAUGAGACUUAAAAAACAAAAAAAUAUGGUGGGUAGGAGGACUUCUAGUAGUGGAAGGCUAUGUGAUAAUUGGCAACACAAAAUGGAUCUAGACAUCAUGGACUG